CUUUUCAGUUAUUUUCAAAAUUUUUUCCGGACUUCAAAAAGUACCCAGCCGCCCAGUCGACCAGGCCAAUGAUAAUGUCCCAAUUUGUGUUCUGGAGAAGCGAUCCCAAAAAGAAUCAGCUCGAGCAGAUCUCGCCCAUCUGGAAGGAUUUGAAUGCAACAUUUGUGACCUUCCUCAGCUGGAGUUGGCUUAUCUACACCUUUUCCGCAUUGGUCAUCAUCGUUUGCGCAUAUUUUGCAUAUUGUGAGCGCUGCCGGAGAACCGAGUCACUGCGACGUCGACGGGUGAUUCAAAGAGCUCAAGAGCGGCCCCCACAAAAGCGACGACCGAAUGCGGCUUAUCGGGAUCACCAGAUCUAUCGCCACAUCAUCCUCAGCGUAGCCAAGUACAUGAAGAAUCCGGAUGGCAUUCGACCCUUUAUAGAACACAUGGAGCAGCUAUAUCCACUUAGGCAUAACUUGGCCGAUCAGCAGCAGGUGGCCGAACCAAGUGCUGGAGAAGAUUAGUGAUCCAGGGGGAAUCUUAAAACCACUGAAGUGCUCUUACUUUUUCUUCAACUACUUUUACUU